AAUCCUCUGGGUCAGGGCACAUUUGGUGCCGUUUACCUCGGAGUCAAUCGAACAACUGGUCAGAAGGUUGCAGUCAAAAAGAUUUCCAAGCGAUUCACUGAUAAUGUGAGCUUCCAACGCGAAAUGGACGCGCUUUUGCACAUCCGUGAAGCCGGCGGGCAUCCAAAUAUUUGUGGAUUGCGAGAAAACUACGAUGAAGGCAACUAUUACUACCUGGUUUUGGAUUUGGUCAGUGGAGGGGAAAUGUUUGAUCAUCUUUGCGCUCAGGGUGCCUACUCCGAGGCCGAUGCCGCUCGACUUAUUAGGGAAGUUUCGUCUUCACUAGCCUUCCUACAUGGCAUAGGUGUCAUACAUGGAGACAUGAAGCCCGAAAAUCUAAUGUUAAGUUCGGAAAAUUGUUCGGACGCGGUAAUCAAAGUUGUAGACUUUGGCUGCGCUCACGUAUUUGCUGAGGAGAGCCCCUUUAAGUCCGCGGCGCCACAACAGAUGGGCACGGCAAAUACUCCCGCUUACUCCCCUCCAGAGGUUCUAGACAAGAAAAGUAAAAUGCAACGAUUGGAAGCUAGUUUCGAUAUGUGGGCGCUUGGGGUAAUAUUAUAUAUUAUGCUGACAGGCGUGCAUCCCUUCGAUUUGUAUGGAAAUGCCACCGAUGCCGAAAUUGAACACCAAAUAUUGGCAGGCAAGAAACCUCCUCUGGACAAAUCACCCUUGACAGCACACUUGUCUAAGGACGCUAUUGAUUUAAUCAAUAAAUUACUGCAAUGGGAUCCGAAGAAGCGAUUUACUGCGCACGAUUUACUGGAAAAUCCUUGGGUGCGAGGAGAG